UUGUUAUUCGUCUGGCAGCGGCGCGGCGGCCUCCCUUCCCGACCACUCCGCCAUGGGUAUCUCGCGUGACCACUGGCAUAAACGGCGCGCCACUGGUGGCAAGCGCACGCAACCUCGCAAGAAGAGGAAGUUUGAGCUCGGCCGCCCUGCCGCUAACACAAAGCUUGGCCCCCAGAGGAUCCACACUGUUCGGACCCGUGGUGGCAACAAGAAGUACCGUGCUCUCCGCCUGGAUACUGGAAACUUUGCUUGGGGCUCUGAAGGCCAGACCAGGAAAACGCGUGUGGUGGAUGUGGUGUACAACGCCAGUAACAACGAGCUGGUGCGUACCAAGACACUGGUGAAGAAUGCCAUCGUUGUGAUUGAUGCUGCACCCUUCAGGCAGUGGUAUGAAAGUCACUAUGCCCUCCCUCUUGGCCGCAAGAAGACCACCAAGCUGACUGAUGCUGAAGAAGCUGUCCUCAACAAGAAGAGGUCCAAGAAGACUGAAAAGAAGUACAAGGAACGUCAGCGCACCGCUAAGGUGGAGUCACCUCUUGAGGACCAGUUCAUGACUGGUCGUGUCCUGGCCUGCAUCUCCUCUCGCCCUGGCCAAUGUGGCCGUGCUGAUGGCUACAUUCUUGAGGGCAAGGAGCUUGAGUUCUACCUUAGGAAGAUCAAGAGCAAGAAGAGUAAUAAAUAAAAUGACAUGCUGACAUGGA